AAAGCAUAUGCUAUUUCAUAUUCUAAUUACAUUUUUUUCUAAUAAAACCCAUUUUUCAUUUAACUUACCACUCAAAAAAAAAAAAAAAUUGAAGUUUGGGAAGAGAUUAAAGCAACAAAUUGAGGAAACGUUCCCUACAUGGCGAGAUCAGUUUUUGUGUUACAAAGAGUUGAAGAAGCUCAUUAAAUUGAUUUCUUCGGCUCUGCCCAUGGCGGCAGAGCCGACCAAGUACGGGAAAGCAAAGGCGGAAUUCGUGUAUAUGUUGAACAACGAGAUCAACAAGUUUAAUGUGUUUUUCAUGGAACAAGAAGAGGAUUUCAUCAUCGGCCACAAGGAACUGCAACAGAGGAUUAAGACAGUGAUGGAUAAAUGGAGCUCCAAUGGAAGUAGGACUGAGUACAAUGAUGAAAUGGCCGAAAUUAGAAAUGACAUUGUCGAUUUUCAUGGCGAAAUGGUCCUCUUAGAGAAUUACAGCAACAUCAAUUUCACAGGGUUGGCAAAGAUAUUGAAGAAAUAUGACAAGCGAACAGGUGGGUUAUUACGGUUGCCCUUCAUCCAAAAAGUGCUGAAGCAACCAUUUUUCACGACCGAUCUCGUUUCAAAGCUGGUUAAAGAAUGCGAAAACAUCAUUGAUGAAGUAUUAUUCCCCAUUGAAGAAGAUAAAGAAGAAACAAAGGAACAAAAAGGAGCAAUAAUGGUAGCAACAGAGCCAGUGAAAGGGAUAUUUAGAAACACAGUUGUAGCCCUAUUAACCAUGGAAGAAAUAAGAAGAGUGAGCUCUACUAAAGACCAUUUCUCUUUGCCUCCUCUUAACUUGCCCCACAGUCAUCUCAUUCACUCCUUCCAACUCAACUCACCAAUCCCCAUUCUUUGAGAAAUUAUGGAUUUUGGGUUUUAUUCGUAAAUUGGUCCCUAUAUUAUACCCUAAUUUUUAGAUUAGUCCUCAUAGUUUUCUUGUUAGAAAGUGGUCAUAAACUAUUAAUUGCAUUUUACCCUCUCUACUAAAAAAAUGGACAAAUUAAUCCAUGUAUGUUAGCUCAAAGAGUAAAUUGGUCAUUUUAUUAAAAUUUUUAUUAAUUUCUACUGUUAAAA